GGGUAACCACAUACUUCCGGCAGAGAUGCCUGGAAGACCUGACUCAGGGAAAAGGCCACGCCCACCCUCCCAGUUCUCGUCCGCUUCCUGUUGGACCCGAGUUAGUUUUUGAAGUUCACGCUCAGACAGCGGAUUUAACUAUGAGCCUAAGCCGGAUAAUCACGUCUCCGCGCCCCGACUGGCUUUCAUAAUAUGAUGUUUGUCACCGGAAUAUGCGAGGGACCAGACAUGAUUUUCAGAAACCAAACCAAAAACUAAUAUUUUCUGUGGGAGAAAACUAAAGGUUUCCGAAGUAACGGGAUCCUCCUCCUCAUCAUGCCCGACAACUCGAAGAUGAAGAAACCGGACGUUAAGGUUGUUCUGCUGGGAGACAUGCACGUGGGAAAGACGUCGCUCCUCCACAGGUACAUGGAAAGGAAGUUCAAAGACACCACCAGCACCGUCGGAGGGGCGUUUUUCCUCAAACAGUGGGGGCCCUACAACAUUUCAAUAUGGGACACCGCAGGCCGAGAACAGUUCCACGGUUUGGGCUCCAUGUACUGCAGAGGAGCAGCCGCCAUCAUCCUCACCUACGAUGUCACCAACUGGCAGAGCCUUUCAGAGCUGGAGGAGCGCUUCCUGUCCCUGACGGAUACCGCCAACCAUGACUGCAUCUACGCCAUAGUGGGCAACAAGGCCGAUCUCACCGACUCUAAAGCCCAGCUGUCCCCUGACUCUGAUAGUUUCUCUGAGGAUCAAACCGAGACCGUGGAAGACAGGACAGAACCUCAGGUGUUGUCCGCUUGCCCGACCCCCCCAGCCUCCCCUACUUCCCUCUCUGGCUUGGUCCUCCGCAAACAGGUAACGCGUGAGGACGCCAUGGCUCUCUAUGGAAGAAUACUGCGCUACAAAGGUCUGGAUGAGAAGAGCAGCCUGCCCGCAGACAAGAUGUGCUUCGAGACGAGCGCCAAGACCGGCUACAAUGUGGACACUCUGUUCGAGACGCUGUUCGACCUGGUGCUGCCCUCUAUCCUGAGGAAGCGGCACGAAAACCACCAGUCGCCCACGGUGGAUCUAGAGGAGUGCAGGGGGAGCGGCAAGCGGGUUCGGUCCUCCUGCUGCUGAGGGUCGAAGUCUCUAACAGCUGAUGCAUUUUUUAACCAUUCAGCUGGUCUGAGCACCAAUUCUGCACUGUAAUGGUACAACUGCCUUGACGAGUAACACAUAUAAGACUUUUUUUUGUCAAAUUUUUUUUUUUCUGGAACCUUCCACAUUGACUGAAUCUGCACUUGUGUAUCCCAAAGAUGGAUUUAAUCACUGCAAGUAAUCCAAUCUUUUCCUAUAAAAAUUCCACUGCACCAAUUGUUGCUAGUUGGGCAAUACUUUGCACUGGUUGAUUUUUUUUUUUUUUUUUUUUUUAACACCACUUCACUUUGAUGUUCAAUCACAGACACUGAGCUUUACAUUUCAUUGAAGCAAUCCAAUGUUUUCUAAAAGUGUGAAAUUUACCUGUGAAAUUUUUAAAUCCUAAUAAAGAUUUUUACUUUGCA